ACUAGCAAAACACACGAGACGCAGAUUCAGACACUCGACCUCGCAAAGACGCCAACAAAACUUCUAUCAUAAUUAACCUAGUUUUACGGUUUUAUAAUUUUUUUGUUGGGAAGUAAACAUUUUAACAAUAAAACGUCCAUAAAUAUUUUUCGAAAAAUGUCAAGUGAAGACGAUUUGGACGAUAUAAAAAAUCUGAACGAUAUUCUCAAGUCUUUUGUAGAUAUAUCAAAAUUAACUAAGACCAAAAUAACCAGGUUAACAGCUCCAGGAGAGAAUUACGGAAGUCUUAUGUUAAAACUCGACGUAACUUUAAAAUCUGAUGAAAAUUCGGAAAGUGAUCUUCAUCUGGUAGCUAAGAAAAUUCCUCCAAGUGAGUUGUUCAGAGAGAACUUUAAUAUACAGGUAACGUUUCAAAAUGAGGUAGCGAUGUAUCAGACAGUGGUGCCAAUUUUACAAAGUUUUCAAAGAGAUUAUGGAGUGAAAAACGUGUUUAAUUGUGUUCCUAGAUUUUAUGGUGCCAGGAUUAAUUUGGAUGGUGGUAAGCAGGUGGACACUGAUGCUGUACUUAUUCUGGAAAAUUUGUUCGCUAACGGAUAUACCAAUAUAAACCGAUUACAAGGUUUCGACCUAGAAUCUAUCAAACUUGUUCUAAAAGACUUGGCUGAGUUUCAUGCAGUACCUUUAGCACUAAAACUUAAGCGACCUGAAGUAUUUGAACGAGACAUCAAGAAAUAUUGUAACGAUUUCAUAUUCAACAAGGAAUUUCACACUAUCUUCUGGAAACCAACAAAAAGCAUUCUCCUGGAAAAGAAAGAAUUGGCACCAAUAGUGGAUAAAAUUAAAUUGAUAUGUCAAGCUGAUAAGCCUGCUGUACGGGAACCUUUUGCGACAUUGACUCAUGCGGACUUAUGGUGCAAUAACUCCAUGCAAAAAUUUGGACCAGAUGGAAGUGCUUUAGAAAACAAACUCAUUGAUUGGCAGUUUCUAUCAUAUGGUUCUCCAGCAUCUGAAUUUUUAUUCCUAGUGUUAACCAGUACUGAAACAAACAUUUUAGUUAAUCAUUUUGAUGAACUGAUGCAGUUUUAUCACACACAUUUUGUUAAAACUUUGGAAGACCUACAGUGCGACACUAUUCCAUUUAGUUUAUCAAAAUUUAUAGAAGAGAUCAAAAACGAGUGUGUCUUUGAAAUAGGACAUGUCAUACAGUUUAUUUUGUUUAUUGUAACUGCCAAGAAAAGAGAUGAAGAAUUAAAGCUGCCAGAGGAGAGUGAUAGGCUAGUGGAGACCGUAAGUCAACAAGGAAAGGAAAAGGUGUGGUUUAUACUGGAGGAUUUUGAAAAACGGGGGUGGCUAUGAUCGAAUAAAUGUGAUAUCUUUGUGACAGUGAAAGGAUUGUUAAAGUUUAAACUAAUUAAAGUUUUGUUUAAAAUGUAUUCGUCUGUUGCUUGCUUUAAAUAUUUUAUUUGUUUCAAAAUCUUGUAGAACUUGUAGAUCAGUGUUCGUAGUAUCAAACAAUCUUCUUUUUUUUCUUAGUAUCUAUUUUUAAUAUAGUGUUUGUUUGACUA